AUGUCACAGGAGCAGGGGAAGCAGAAAGGUUCGUUUGCAGAGUUUGUGACCGAAGCUAUAAACACAAGAAGAGUCUUGUUCUGCACCAGAGUUCGUCAUCAAUGCCACACCUGUGGAAAGAGUUACAAACAGAAGAGCCAUUUGAACUACCACCAACGUAUGGAGUGCAACAAGGAACCAGCUUUCUGUUGUCCUUUCUGUCCACACAGGACGAAGCAGAAGAGUGGUCUGAAGUCACACGUGGUUCUGAGACAUAGAGAUCAAGCUGUGAUAGCUGCUGGCGGGUCUGAAGAGGGAAGUGUUGAGAAACUUAUGUGGCUGAUAAAUAACAAGUGGCCGGGAGACGGGACUCACCCCGGGGGUCGCAUCCCCACCUGGAUGUACUACCUAGUGCAGGUCGAUGGUCGCCAGAAGUUCGUGUGUGCUAGGUGUAGCAGACAAUACAAAUACAGGAGAGGUCUCGGACAACACCUCCGCUACGAAUGUGGAAAACCUCCACUGUUCAAGUGUGUCGUCUGUCCAUAUCGAGCCAAUCAGAAGGGAGCUGUCACGGCUCACCAGCGGUUCAAGCACGGGAUGACCUUCUCCAAGAACAUGCCGGGGCUGAACACUAUAAGAAGUGUCAACUUGGAAGCGAAUUUUCAAGCGGUUGUGAAAACGGAGUCUACAGAGAACGACUAUGUUCCUCAGUUCAUACUGGCCUCCGUGGAGGACUUGGCUACAGCUGAUCCCACCAAGCAUGUCUGUCAACAAUGCGGUCGAGUUUACAAACAGAAGAGCACACUCGCCUUUCAUUUACGAUACGAGUGCGGGAAAGAGCCGCAGUUCUCCUCGCCGUCCCAACCGCAGUUUCCUUGCUCGUGUGGCCGAGUGUACAAGCAGAAGACAGGUCUGGUCCAACACCAACGCUACGAGUGUGGCAAAGAGCCGCAGUUUCAAUGUCACUUGUGUUCCUACAAGGGCAAGAGAAAAACUUCUCUCCAAUCCCAUCUGAUGUUCCGUCAUAAACAGGUGGACGUAAAGAAAACAGGACUGGACGGAACUCUGCUACUUUUCCUAUGGGAUGACGUCACCACAUCUGAUGCAACCAACAAUGGACUCGAUGAUGGAACAUUCUCAAGAGCAGAACAAGCACAAAUGUCCACACUGCGGAAAACUUUACAAACAGAAAGGGACUUUGACGUUUCACCUUCGCUACGAGUGUGGGAAAGAACCGCAGUUUGCUUGUGA